CAUGCGUAAUCGGUGUUUCCGAGCUGAUCAGGCAACAUGGCGGCGCAGGGUGUCCGCUGGGUCCGCACCCUGUCCAAGGGGAAAUGGACGGGCGUGAGUGCGCUUGUGUCCGGGGCCAGGGCAGCCUCUGGCGUAUCUAAGGAUAUGCUGCCUGGACCGUACCCCAAAACCCCUGAGGAGAGGGCCGCUGCUGCCAAGAAGUACAACAUGCGGGUGGAGGAUUACAAGCCGUACCCCGAUGAUGGCAUGGGGUUUGGUGAUUAUCCCAAGCUUCCCGACAGAUCUCAGCACGAGAGAGAUCCCUAUUACACCUGGGACAACCCUGACUUCAGGAGGAACUGGGGAGAGCCGAUGCACUGGGAUUUCGACAUGUUCACCCGGAACCGAGUGGAUACAUCCCCCUUCCCGGUCCCCUGGCAUACAAUGUGUAAACACAUCUUAGGAUUUGUUGGCUUCAUGCUCUUCAUGUUCUGGGUUGGAGAGAAAUUUCCCUGUUACCAACCUGUGGCUCCCAAGCAGUAUCCUUACAAUAACCUCUAUCUGGAAAGGGGAGGGGACCCCAGCAAGGAGCCAGAAGAAGUGAAACAUUAUGAAAUCUAGUGUUUAAA